AUGCCUGUUUCAGCAAAUACUGAGAUUCUCUAUACAAAAGUGUAUGACGAGAUCUGUAGGCGUUAUGGAAAGAGCUACACCUGGGAUGUGAAAUCCUUGGUUCUAGGUAGACAAGCCCCAGAAGCAGCAGGGAUUAUUCGAGAACAUCUAGAUCUUCCAAUAACCAAAGAAGAGUUAUUCAAGGAAAGUCAAUCGAUGCUGGAGAAGAUAUUCCAUACUUCUGGGUUGAUGCCAGGAGUCAGUAAGCUGAUCCAUCAUUUACACAAACACAAGAUACCCAUAGCUGUUGCUACCAGCUCGGGUGUAGCAUCAUUUGAGCUCAAAACAAGCAGACACAAAGACUUCUUCAGUCUUUUUCAUCACAUUGUGUUGGGAGAGGAUCCUGAGUUGAAGCGUGGCAAGCCGCAUCCUGAUCCAUUUUUGCUUUGUGCAAAGAGAUUUGAACCUCCUGCACCACCAGAGAAGUGUCUUGUGUUUGAAGAUUCACCACAGGGAAUCAAAGGAGCCCGGACAGCAGGAAUGCAAGCGAUCAUGAUUCCAGAUGAAAAUUUAGGUGAAGAGUUUAGAAAGGAGGCAACACUGGUGCUGAAGUCCAUGGAAGAUUUCAAACCAGAACUGUUUGGUUUGCCAGCAUAUGAUUGA